AUGGGUGGUAACCCGCACAACAGCUCAGGGAUGCCUCCUUUCAUCCUCACGGGGCUCCCGGGGCUGGAGGCCUCCCAACACUGGAUGUUUCUGCUCCUUGGGCCCCUCUACACUGUCUCCAUUGUGGGCAAUGCCCUUAUCCUUUUCAUUGUCAAGGAGGAGCAGAGCUUACAUCAGCCUAUGUACUAUUUUCUGUCCCUACUAUCAAUUAAUGACUUAGGUGUGUCUUUUUCCACGCUGCCCACGGUGCUGGUCACAUAUUGCUUCCAUUUAAAGAAGAUUAGUUUUGAUUCUUGUAUGGCUCAAAUGUUCUUUAUCCAUUUCUUCUCCUUCAUGGAGUCCGGGAUCCUGCUGGCUAUGAGUUUUGACCGCUACGUGGCCAUCUGUAACCCCCUGCGAUAUGCCACAGUUCUCACAGAUUCCCGUGUGGUCCGCAUGGGCCUAUCUGUGAUCAUCCGUAGUUUCUGUGUAGUCUUCCCCCUACCUUUCCUUCUGAAGAGGUUGCCCUUCUGCAAACCCAACAUACUCUCCCAUGCUUACUGCCUACAUCCAGAUCUGAUCCGCCUGCCCUGUGGAGACAUCACCGUCAAUAAUAUUUUUGGUCUAUUCAUUGUCAUCUCUACCUUUGGACUGGACUCUGCACUUAUUCUUCUUUCCUAUGUGCUCAUUAUGCGCUCUGUACUUGCUAUUGCCUCUCAGGAGGAACGAUUAAAGACACUCAACACGUGUGUGUCACACAUGUGUGCUGUGCUCGUCUUCUACGUGCCCAUGGUUGGGGUGUCCAUGGCCGCUCGCUACGGGAGGCACGCCCCGGAGUACGUGCAUACGUUUUUGUCCCUGAUCUAUCUCUUUGUACCUCCCAUGCUCAACCCUGUCAUCUAUUCCAUCAAAACCAAGGAGAUUCGUCGGAGGCUUUGCAAACUACUACUGAGAACCAAGUUUUAA